AUGGCGGAGUCUGAGGAUCCGGCUUCUGAGGCUCAAGAGCAAGAAAAGGGCUCUGAGGAGCCGGCAAGCGCUGAAGGGGGUGAGGCAGAGGCGUCAGCAGGCGAGGACGAUGGGGGCGAUGAGGAGGCUUCCGCAGAGGACAGCAGCGAAGAGGAUGAGGAGGGACCUGAUGAGUACGAGCAGGACGACUUCCUGGUCGGAGAGGAUGAGGAGUCGGGCGGCGGCGAUGACGGCGAGGGCGGCGGCGCCGGGGGCGCGCCGGGCGGCGGCGGCAAGCGCAAGAAGCGCAAGCGGCGCAAGAGCGCGCGCGAGUACCGGCUGGACGAGGAGGACUACGACCUGCUGGAGGACAACCAGGUCAUGGUCCGCCGGCCGGCGCAGCAGAACAAGCGCCUGAAGCGGCGCGGCGACGAGCCGGGGCGCGCCAUGGGGGCACAGCAGCUCAAGGAGAGCCUCUUCGGCGCUGGGGGUGAGGGGCCGCCGCCGCGCGCUGGGCUGCACCACAUCAGCCAGCGCGUGUGCCUGGCCACGCCGCGCGCUGCCGCUUGCAUGGCUCUCGGCUACCUCGGCGCGCGCCGCUUGCUUUGGGCUGCAGCCGCGGCGAGUGGUCUUGGGGGACUCUGA